GCUAUAUAUAUGCUUAUCUCCUCUGGAUAAUUCUACUCGUCUCUUUCGCUAUCAUUUCUUUCCUUCGUCAUUCACCCGCACGGCGCACUACUGUAGGUGCGGUUUGGACCAAAUGGUCAAUAAGGCAACACUUCAUCGACACCUCUCGCGGCAAUUCGGAAGAUUCUGUUUCUCGGGCUGGUGUCAGUGCGCGCAAGCGAGGGAGCCAAUUGACAGCCUGGCCGAUCAAUGCUCAGGUCUUUGCCCUUCUGAUGAUGGUUACCAUUGUUUCUGUUCUGACAGUGGCUGGCCCGGACUACAUUGCGCCCCGCGCGCACGGUACUGGGUCGACAUCUAAACGUUUUUAUAAUGAUUCCAUGAUGUGUACGAACGCGUCCGCUCCUUCGACAUCCCGCCGGGAUGACUUGAUCAUAUCCCAGCCCCCGGAUUAUACAAUUCAAAAGGCAUGGUGGACCGCUGGUGGUCGUAGCGGGAUGAUGGCGUUCAGCUUGAUACCUGUCUGUGUUUGCAUUGCACUCAAAGCCCCGCCAUUCGCAAUUCUUGCCAUUCCGUUUACAAUACAGCUUCAUUCUGACCGUCUAAUGUGGAUACACCGCUGGAUUGGACGUUUUAUUUAUCUACUUACUGUGGCUCAUGUAGUCACUUGGACAAUUCAACUUUGCAAAGACCGCAGGCAUGGCAGCUUUGGGACGAUUGCUCUUGGGUAUACUUAUUUAUACGAUAAGUUUAUCUACGGAGUUGUUGCCUUCGUGUGUAUGACUUUCUUGGUGAUGCUUAGUAGUGCACCCCUUCGAAGAGAUCACUACGAGACAUUCUACUUUAUCCAUGUUUUAACAGUCCCCUCAACCCUGGCCUUUUCCGCACUCCAUUAUCCUCCUCUUGGGUGGUUCUGUUGGAGUGCCUUACUCCUAUGGAUAAUGGAACGUGUAUGGAGAGGUAUUCGAUUUUUCUACACAAACGGUGUCUUUGUCAAACGACCUCCCGCUGACGCGGCUUUCGUACCGUCAUCUGAGUCCAGAGAUCUUCCGGAAGAAUUUGACCCAGCAGAUAUAGAUAUGGACGCUGCGUCCAUCUCACUAUCUGUACACGAUACUACCUCGUCCAUCACCCGCUUGCUCAUCCGCCACACUCGAAAUCGAUCGGUUGACAGCUCCGGUUCUUACAUAUCUCAUAUACCACCAGGAUAUGCUCGUGCUGAGCUCCUCCCGGGUCGCAUGAUACGCCUCAUUGUUCAUACGCCUCGACCCAUGAGUUGGGUUGCAGGGCAAUAUGCUCUACUUAAGAUCCCGGAUGUUUCAUCAUGGACAACCCAUCCAUUCACAAUGGCUUCAAUGUGCCAUUCAGGGAAGGGCUGUAUCGGUGAUGACGCCGAGAGCUUAAUGUCCGCUGGCGGGCCACACGAAAUCGUGUUUCUCAUUCGAGCGAGGCAGGGUUUCACGCUUGAUCUGUGGCAUCAUGUUAGGAAGCUCACUGCGCAGCCUAACUCAACAUCCUAUCGUGUGCAUGAGCGCCCUUCCUCUGGAAUGAUUAGCGUGCCGUCUCAGAAAUGGGCACCACUCAUCCGGGCCCAGGUAGAUGGUCCGUUCGGGUCGGCUGCACGGGCAAUGUGGACGACGUAUUCCACUGUUGUUAUCGUUGCUGGCGGGAGUGGCGUUGCGUUCGCAUUGAGCGUCUUGGAAUACCUGUGUCACGCUCUUUCUCGGAAAGGUGGGGGCGAUAUGAACGAUUGUUCUGUCACCCGGGUGAGAUUCCUCUGGGUUGUGAGCGAGUACUCCCAUUUACUUUGGUGCGCUACGACCCUUAGGCGAUGCUUGCAACUGGCACCUCAAGGAUCCGUUCAGUUGGAUCUUUUUGUAACCAAUUACACACAUCAUAUCUUAGGUUCCACCCCGCACUACCUUUCCCAGAGUGAGGUGUUCAGUGCCGCACCUGACGAACUCGCGCCCCCGACUAUUCCUUUUGGAAGUAGAGGAGAUUCGUCACCCUCAGAUUCUGAUACAGAAUCAGGUUUGAGCGACACCGAAAGCAUUGUAGACCUCCAUUAUGCUGCAGACAGCGAGGACGAGCGAGAAGGCGCUCAUCGAAGGUCACUCAGCCACACUCAAUCUCAGUAUACCUCAAUAUAUGGUGACGCGCAAGGAGAGCAUUGCGCGGAUCUCACAAAUUUUGCGGGAGAGGAUAGAUCACGAGCUCCGGGAGAAGAUCAGUUCUCCAUGUCUGUGAAGAAAAAGGGAAAGCAUAUGCGCCGGAAGACGUUAGCUGGGUUUGUGAAGUUGCGUUUGAACACGAAACGAAAUCCGAGUCCCCCCGCUAACGAACUCUUCGCGAUCACCCAAUUGCACCCGGGAAUUCCGCUCACGCCGCUGACGGUACCAAGUAGCGUCAACUCAGAAGGUAUUCACCCCCCCAUCACCAGGGCCGUCUCUCCGACUUCAGUAGCAGGGCCUCGUAGCACUUCCCCUGCGCCGCGUCCAUCUAGUCGGCCAGGUCACCUCAGUCCCAUCGACAAGCAAUCUCACCAGCCAACCCGCUCAUACAGUCCGCUUCGCGCACAGCCUUAUCCUGCGAGUGACUUUGGCGGGCAACCCAGCCCCCGGGAUGACGCACCCUCCCCGGGUGAUCGCUCCACCAUGCAUGCGCAUUUACUGCCGCACACGCUAGGGGAUGAUUCCGAUCACAUCUUCGACCUCAGUCCCACGGAUAGAUCCGAUCUUGAGUUUACUGCCGCUCUCGCUAGGCGUGGUCGCCCAAGACUGGACCGUAUCCUUGCAGAAGAGGUUAAUCGUGCUGCUGGUACGCUUGCUGUUGCCUCCUGUGGUCCACAUUCUCUUACUGCUGUCGUUCGUAAAGUGGUGGCUGCCCAGAUUCAUCCUGCCCUGGUGUGGAAAGGCGAUGAACGCGGCUACAUAAAUUUCUUUUCCGAAGAGUUUGCUUUCUAAUUUCAUAUCAUGCAUGGACACUUCUGAACCAGUAUGGUACAGCAAUUAAUAGUUAACCCCAACCAUGUUCCUAAAAGAGUAGAUGCAAUGCCCAUAGACCCAAAAAUGUAUUAUUGAGGGUA